AAUGAGCUAUGGGGUAGAUAGCUUUGGGCCAAUGCAUGAAACCAGUCUUCAAUUUCAUCAAGUUCAGGGCCUCUCACUUAGGGUUCAAUGUGGAUUCAUGAUAAACUCCUUUUGAGAUCAGGAACCCAUUUUUAUUGAUUCAAUUGUUGGGUCGGAUGAGCUCGAAUUCUUUUAAUGCUAAGAAAAUUUCGUUCCAUGGCCCAAAUGCCCCAAAACCCUAAUUUCUCACCCCUUUUAUCCCCUCUUUCCCGAUUCUCCUCCGCCGUGAAAUCUCAGUUUUGCCUUUUCAGUUCUUACACUUUGGAAAUCUAAAUCAUAAACAGCAUCAUCGCCGCCAACCAUGCCGCCGAAGUUUGACCCGACCCAAGUCGUCGACGUCUUCGUUCGAGUCACCGGCGGUGAAGUUGGAGCUGCCAGUUCACUGGCACCCAAAAUUGGUCCUCUGGGUCUCUCGCCCAAAAAAAUUGGUGAAGAUAUCGCGAAAGAAACCGCCAAGGAAUGGAAGGGUUUACGUGUCACCGUCAAACUGACUGUCCAGAACCGUCAAGCCAAAGUUUCGGUGGUUCCCUCUGCCGCCGCUUUGGUCAUCAAGGCACUGAAAGAGCCUGAGAGGGAUCGUAAGAAGACAAAGAAUAUUAAACAUAAUGGGAACAUUAGCCUCGAUGAUGUGAUAGAGAUUGCGAAAGUGAUGAGGCCCAGAUCCAUGGCCAAGGAUUUGAGAGGAACCGUGAAGGAGAUUUUGGGAACUUGUGUCUCCGUCGGUUGUACGGUUGAUGGGAAAGACCCUAAAGACCUGCAGGAGGAAAUUUCUGAAGGGGAAGUCGAUGUUCCCUUGGAGUGAAAAACAAAGUGAUAUUAUUUUUGAAGUUUGUGUUUAAUGAUUGUUUUCCUUUUUGUAAGUUCUUGAUAAAUGUUAAAAAUGAUGAUAGAGUUGGGGUUUAGGUUUUAGAGAUAAUUACCGUUUAAUGAUUUUGCACCGGUAUUUAUACUCUAUGAUUGAGCCAUGGAUGCUCUUUCUAGCUUUGAAUGUUUUCAUGAAUGUGUUUAUUGCCUAUAGAAUAGCAAUGGAUUCUCAAUGUUCAUCA